AUGGCGUCGCUCUUCGGCGGCGUGGAGGGCGGGGGCACCCACUCCAGGGUGGUGCUGGUCUCCGGAGAUGGCCGGGUCCUGGCUGAGACGGAGGGACCCUGCACAAACCACUGGCUCAUCGGCUCCGAGAAGUGCCUGGAGAGGAUCGAGCGGAUGGUCAGCGAGGCCAAGAGCAAAGCCGGGGCCGACCCCCACGUCCCCCUCCGCUCGCUGGGGCUGUCCCUGAGCGGCGGUGACCAGAAGGACGCCAUCGGCAAGCUGACGGAGGAGCUGCGCCGGCGCUUCCCGCACCUGAGCCAGAGUUACUACAUCACCACCGACGCCGUCGGGGCCAUGGCCACCGCCACCGACCACGGUGGCAUCGUCCUGAUCUCGGGUACCGGCUCCAACUGCAAACUCAUCAACCCCGACGGGUCGGAGACGGGCUGCGGCGGCUGGGGACACAUGAUGGGUGACGAAGGCUCAGCGUACUGGAUCGCGCACCAGGCCGUGAAGAUGGUGUUCGACUGCAUGGAUAACCUGGAGGUGCCGCCCCACGACGUCGGCUACAUCAAGCAGGCCAUGUUCGACUACUUCCAGAUCUCCGACAGGAUGGGCCUCCUGACGCAUCUCUACCGCACCUUCGAGAAGUCCAAGUUUGCCGGAUUUUGCCAGAAGCUGGCGGAGGGCGCCCAGGCUGGGGACCCGCUCUGCUGCCACGUCUUCAACAAGGCCGGCGAGGUCCUGGCUCGCCACGUCGUCGCCGUGCUGCCCAAAAUCGACAGGAGCCUGUUCCUGGGGGAGCUGGGGCUGCCCAUCGUCUGCGUGGGCUCCGUCUGGAACAGCUGGGAGAGGAUGCAGGCGGGGUUCAUCCGCGUGCUGGCGCAGGCGCGGGAGGAGGCCCCCGGCCGCGUCUUCUCCCGGUUCAGCCUGCUGAAGCUGAAGCGCUCCUCGGCGCUGGGGGGGGCCCGCCUGGGCGCCAGGAGCAUCGGCCAAGCUCUGCCUUUGGACUACGCCAGCAACGUGGACGUCUUCUACACCCACAUCUUCUAGCCGCGGCCCCCCGGGAAGGAAGGACCCUCCGCACGCGGCGGCGGGGGUUUGGAUGAAUGGGUUUUGUAAUUUGGCAAUAAAAAGG